AUGGAUUUCAGACAGCUGCUGCAGCCUGCCAGCCACAGCUGGUCCGCCAACACCGCGUUCCAUUUUCCAGACGAUGAGGCAUUUCCAGCAAUCACGGAGCGAUGGACAAUAGCCUUUCCGCCGAGCUUUGCAGCUUCCAUCACCCCAGCCGUUGUUGAGGACGUUCAAAUAGCUGUGGACAUCGCAAUACGGAACAGCAUCCCCUUCAUGGCGACUAGCGGCAAGCACGGCUAUUGCAGCAAGCUCAACGAGAUGCAGCAGGUCUUGCAAAUUGAUCUGAGCGCCCUAAAUGAGAUCCAUGUGAAUGCUGGUGCAGAUACUGUGACAGUGGGGCCGGGUGUACAAUUCAAGGAUGUUUUCGAUCCCCUCUUCAACACGGGAAAAGAGAUGACUGUUGGCAUCUGCUCUUCAGUGAGUGUCAUCGGCGCUACUCUCGGCACAGGUGUUGGACGGUACCAGGCCCUCCACGGCUUGUUGAUUGACAAUCUGAUCUCUGCUCGUGUGGUGACGGCGUCCGGCAGCCUGGUCACAGCCUCCAAUUCGGAAAACGCGGAUCUGUUCUGGGCACUUCGCGGCGCUGGCGUUUUCUUCGGCGUUGUGGUGGAGGCCACAUACCGGAUCCACGACCUCACGUCUGGAGGUCAAUGCCAAAACGCUGACCUCGUCUUUCCGCUCGCCGCUGUGGAGCGUUUCAUGAAAGCUAUUAAGGUUUUAGAUGACGAGGGCAAAGUACCGAGCAAGCUUCUGGUCACCCCUGUGAUCCUCGCGAAUUUCGUGUCCCUCAGCUCCGAGUCUGAAUUUACGAGCCUCAUCCAGCCAUUUCUGGAUCUCGAACCCGCGGCCAAGGCGGUCAUGACACUCCCGUGGAACCGCCUACCGUUCGAGAGCAGCUUCGGCAUCGACGCUCUCAUGUCCAAGAAGGGCAACAUGGGAAGUGUCUACGGGAUGUGUACGAAACAGAUCGAGAUCGACACCUUUGUCAGAGUUGCCCAAUCGUUAGGUGACCUGUUCGAGCAGAGCCCCGCGACAAGGCGCAGCAUAUUCGCACUCGAAUGGUAUGGCUCCGACAUCGUCCGCCAACUACCCAGCGUCGCAACCGCCUACGCUUGGAGGGAUUCAAAAGCCUACAUGCUCAUCAACCCGAGUUGGGUACCAGAGGACCCCACCUCCAAAGACGCCGCCACCUCCUGGGCCCGCCAAAGCAGAACCGCACUCGCCAGGACUUCGGGCUUUGACGCCGCCACUGACCACCAGGGCCAACACAAGGUGUUCCUCAGCUACGCGCACGGCGACGAGAGUCCCGAGCAGAUCUUUGGCGCCAACUUGCCGAGGCUGAGGGAGGUGAAGACGCGGUGGGACCCAGGGAAUGUGUUUCGGUGGGGACCCGCCGUGUUUGAUUGA